GUGGGAUGCGGCGAGGCUUGCAAGCGACAGUGUUCUCCCUGUCGCUUGCCUUGGGUCCUGAUUUUUCGUUCCUGCAACGUCUUGCAAGACUACACGCAUACCAGGAUUGAUUGCUGGGAAUAAGCAACAUCAGGCCUCGAGUCUUGAACGAGCUGGAGCGUUGGACUGAAGUUUCCCCGCUAACGCCAUCAAUGACAUGGCUCGCCCAGACGCUUCAUUUCUUGCACCGGCCUUCAGCACCAUUUCAUCCUCUAAUUAUUCUCCUCAUCAAUCACCGCUCGCGCGCUCUGAAUCGUCAUCAAUCCUGGCGUUGAAUCGCAGCAGCAAUCUUAACCCUUCAGGACCUUCUGAUCGGAAAAGACCAAGACUUUCCUCCUCCGUCUCCUCGAAUAAGCAGAAUUCGCAGAGAAGACCUCGACCUCCGCCAUUGUCAUCUAAGUCUAGCAGUCUGAUACCGACCGUGUGCAUCGAGCCUGCUCCUGCCGACCCGUGGUCUACGAGAACAUUGACAAUGUCUUCACCCUCAUCCUCCAACCUGCCUCAGCAGUCCCCUGCCGCAGACUUGUUGCGGCAAGCAAUGAUGCAAAAGUAAGCUUGCUCCGCUUCUUUCCCUUGUGCUUUCGAUCUUCUGCCUUCGUCCUCGGCCGAUCCGGCGUCUCCGCUGUAUUUUCUAUUCAACCCGGUGCAGCCAUGCUUCGGACCACUGGGUGCUCGCUGGAAUGCUCAGUUGCCGGCAGCCGCUUCUAGAAGCACAAAGGCCAUGUGGAGAGUAAUCAAUGUGUUCUUCUCCCGCCGGCUUUUGCAGCGAAAAAAAGCUGUGGCAGAUGGCCGUAAUCUGCAGCCGCUCGUCAUCGGUCGGUCCGAACGCUCGACAGUGGAGCAGCCAAUUG